AUGGCUUUGGACGAAGAGGUCCUAGAGGCCGUGGCCAAAGAUGGCUCAAUGGAAUACGAGAAAUGGCCUGGCAUGGUGGAACCUCUGUUGGAGCGAUUGGAUCAUAUAGUCCACAAUGACUUCCCGAUGCCUAAGAUGCCGCCGGAGCUCGCCCAGACGCUUAGCUCGUCAUUCCCCUCAUACCCAUCACAAGACGCCAGUUUUCCCACAAGCAGCAAUAAGGAGAAUGCUCCACCUGAAGACCUGCAGACUCCUCCUAGACCUCCUGUGCCUGCUUUCUCAGACACUACCGAGCGCAUUCCCGAUUCGCAGCAGUCAGCACCGGGACCAGCCGAUGAUACCCUGCCCCCUCCUUUGCUCCUUAUUCUGAAUUCGAUCAAAUCGACCCUGCGGUCAUAUUUCUCUUCAAAACCCCCGCAUACUAUCCAGAGACUCGCAGAGUUGAUCCUUAGGCCGACGCGACAUUACCGUACACUACCCGCCUACCUAAGAGCGAUGGAUAGAGUCGUUUCGGUCUCUAGCAGCGCAGAUAUAUUCCCGCUACCGCAGACGGCAUACCUGGGAGAUAUCAACGCGGCGAACGGUCAGUCAAAUGGCGGAAGCUUCAUGAUAGCGGACAAUUCUUUGGGCAGCGAUGAAUCAUUAGGCGGUGCUCUAUUGACUCCGAUCUCGUGGUUAAAUAACACCGCUCUAGAGGAUGCUGGGUCUGAUCCUUUAGAUGAAGGGAGAGAAUCUGGCGGAGUGACACAAGGAGAGCUCAUCAGACAGGAACAGGAAGCGGGCAUUGUCGUUACGUCUCAUCUUGUAACGUCCAGUGAAGGAAUCGAAGCACGAAGAUCCCCAGAAGCUGAAGAAGAUGCUCCACAUGCUCGUGGUCCUUCAGUGCUAGGAGUUGAGGAUAUGGGCUUACAAAACGGAAAAGGAGUCGAAAUGACGCUGACUUCGCAGACGGCACCGGACAACGGGGUUGAUAUAUCUGCUACGGAGCAGCAAGGUCAACCGGAAGGCGUUGAUGCGGGAAAUGGUAAUCCCGACAGCGACGGUGAUAUCCUGCUCUCCGAUGCUACAGGAAGGACAGGGCAGCAGGGCACCGGGAAAAGCCUUACCGGAGGUGCAGACCAGGAAGAGGGCGCUUCUAAGCUAGUGUCUACGGAGCAAGAUGCAGAAGCUGACGAGGACGCCUAA